CCUCCAGUCGGGGACCCUCCCCUCUCCACUAAGGAAGAGUGGACACCUGCCGCUCUGUCUCCCUAAAACGGGGUCAUCUCCUCACACCCACACAGACGGCAGGGGGCUUCACGAUCCGGUUCGCCCUCUUUCCCAACUCCAGAACCCUCUGACCCCCGUUAGUUUAUAUUGGCCCCUGCCUCGUGCCCCGUCCACGCUCACAGAGAGGCAGCCCCAACCCCAUACAGGCUGGGCCUGGCUUGCUGCCUGCGGGUCCCUUCCAGACCAUCCCUCUUCUUCACUCCCCCGACCCCCUGUCCUGUUCCCCUCCGUCCCCUUGUCACCCUUUGGAGCCCUCGCCUAACCAGGAUCCAGUGGGUACCUCCUGCCCCAGGAUGUGAGCCCCUGUAACCUGUAAUGCUGUGGCUGGCCUUUGGCCCCUUCCAUGCCAUGGAGAACCAGGUGCUGGUGAUUCGUAUCAAGAUUCCAAAUAGUGGCGCGGUGGACUGGACAGUGCACUCCGGGCCUCAGUUACUCUUCAGGGAUGUGCUGGAUGUGAUAGGCCAGGUUCUGCCUGAAGCAACAACCACAGCAUUUGAAUAUGAGGACGAGGAUGGUGAUCGAAUUACAGUGAGAAGUGAUGAAGAAAUGGAGGCAAUGCUGUCAUAUUAUUAUUCCACAGUAAUGGAACAGCAAGUAAAUGGACAGUUAAUAGAGCCUCUGCAGAUAUUUCCAAGAGCCUGCAAGCCUCCUGGGGAACGGAACAUACAUGGCCUGAAGGUGAAUACCCGGGCUGGACCCUCUCAACACGGCAGCCCAGCUGUCCCGGAUUCACUUCCAAGCAAUAGCUUAAAGAAGUCUUCUGCUGAACUGAAAAAAAUAUUAGCCAAUGGCCAGAUGAAUGAACAAGACAUACGGUAUCGAGACACUCUUGGUCAUGGCAACGGAGGCACAGUCUACAAAGCAUAUCAUGUCCCAAGUGGGAAAAUAUUAGCUGUAAAGGUCAUACUGUUAGAUAUUACACUGGAACUUCAGAAGCAAAUUAUGUCUGAAUUGGAAAUUCUUUAUAAGUGUGAUUCAUCAUAUAUCAUAGGGUUUUAUGGUGCAUUUUUCGUAGAAAACAGGAUUUCAAUAUGUACAGAAUUCAUGGAUGGAGGAUCUUUGGAUGUAUAUAGAAAAAUUCCAGAGCAUGUCCUUGGAAGAAUUGCAAUAGCAGUUGUUAAAGGCCUUACCUAUUUGUGGAGUUUAAAGAUUUUACAUAGAGAUGUGAAGCCCUCCAAUAUGCUAGUAAACACAAGAGGACAGGUCAAGCUGUGUGAUUUUGGAGUUAGCACUCAGCUGGUGAAUUCUAUAGCCAAGACGUAUGUUGGAACAAAUGCUUAUAUGGCGCCUGAAAGAAUUUCCGGGGAGCAGUAUGGAAUCCAUUCUGAUGUCUGGAGUUUAGGAAUCUCUUUCAUGGAGCUUGCUCUUGGGAGGUUUCCAUAUCCCCAGAUUCAGAAAAACCAGGGAUCUUUAAUGCCUCUCCAGCUUCUGCAGUGCAUUGUUGAUGAGGAUUCGCCUGUCCUUCCGGUUGGAGAGUUCUCCGAGCCAUUUGUACAUUUCAUCACUCAGUGCAUGCGAAAACAACCAAAAGAAAGACCAGCACCUGAGGACCUGAUGGGCCACCCGUUCAUCAUGCAGUUCAAUGACGGAAAUGCCACCGUGGUGUCCAUGUGGGUGUGCAGGGCACUGGAAGAGAGGCGGAAUCAACAGGGGCCCCCAUGA